AAUUUCCAUCCAGAAGAAAAGACGGCACGCAAACCCUAACUCUAACCCUAAUCGAUCUCCAAAGAUGGCGCCCAAUCCGCGCGUUUUCUUCGAUAUCGCGAUCGGCGGUAGCCCGGCCGGUCGAGUCGUCAUGGAGCUCUACGCCGACACGACUCCUCGCACGGCGGAGAACUUCCGCGCGCUCUGCACUGGCGAGAAGGGCAUCGGCAAGUCCGGGAAGCCGCUUCACUUCAAGGGCUCUACCUUCCACCGCGUUAUCCCUCAGUUUAUGUGCCAGGGCGGUGACUUCACUGCCGGAAACGGAACCGGCGGCGAAUCGAUCUAUGGUGCCAAGUUCGCCGAUGAGAACUUUGUGAAGAAACAUACAGGUCCCGGUAUCCUAUCCAUGGCUAACGCCGGACCCAACACCAACGGGUCCCAGUUCUUCAUCUGCACGGAGAAGACGUCUUGGCUCGAUGGGAAGCAUGUUGUCUUUGGACAAGUUGUGGAAGGUUUGGAUGUUAUUAGGGCCGUUGAGAAGGUUGGAUCUUCGUCUGGACGGACUUCGAAGACAGUGACCAUCGCCGACUGCGGCCAGAUCUCUUAGAUGCUUCUCGAUGAAGAUCUGCCUUGAAUAACCCUAUCCCAGUGUUUUGAACUUCUCGCUACCUUUCGAUUAUGUCUACUGUGGUAUCAUCUUGUGUUGGUUUUGUUCUGCGUCGAUCUCUGUUUUCAUGUUCUGAUUUGGGGUUUCUCGUGAGCUUAUCAUCUCAUGUCCUAUCGAGUCGCUGAUAUUUAGAUUAUAAAUAAAUUGGAGUACUUUUUCAUCA